UGCCACAUAUAUCUGUGCUAGGGGAAACUUCACCCAAAGCCACUUUCUGAACACAGUUCCGUCCAACGUCACAUUACAGCAGACAUGGACCACAUGAUCAACUGGAAGGCGUUGGACAAUGUCCCUCUGCUCUUCUACAUCCUGGCAUUGAAGACCCUGGUCUUGUGCCUGGGCUUCGCUGGAGUGAAGAUCUAUCAGGCUAAGAAGGAAGAGGCCAAGCUGAAGAUACAGAGGGCAGAGCAGAGGAGGAUAGCGGAGCAGGUGCAGGAGCUCCUGGAUAACGAGCUCCUGGACAACAAGAAGGAUGACUGACCCGGAGGAACAAGGGAGUGUGAGGAGUGUGAAAGUGAAUACGAUACAAAAUUAGUCCAUUUGGAAAUCAGUCAGCAAUAUAGAAUGGGAGAUAACAAUGGGUGUUUCAAAGCUGCUUCAAAGGGUAUGAUGCCUUAAAGUACAGUAGUUAUUGGUCAGUUUGAGCUAAACAUUUCCCUUCUUCCCAGGAACUACAGUAUGUCACCUGACCAGACUGGGGACCUACAUGCUCCAAGGAUGGGGCGGAGCUCUGAUUGGCUGGUCUGGGGAGGAAGUGUUGAGAAUGUAUAGUUCCUGUUGGACAGUACUUACCCAGAACAGGCCUGGUGUCCUGGACAUUGCUGCGGGUGUCAUUCUUUUUUUUUACACAAACUUUUAACUUCAGAGCCACCAGAUGUUUUGUAAAUAAAGACUGUUUUUGUACCUCUGUUG